AUGGCUACUUCUAUGUCUUCAUUCUUAUCUAUGAAACCUAUGAAACCAAGAGAAACAUAUCUCAAGAGAUUCAACAUGCGUCGAGGGAUGCAAGUAAUAAAAGUACAAAACUAUCAUCAAGAGGAAGGGAGAUCAACGGAUAUGGUAGAUGGAAAUUUGAAUGUUCUAAAGGAGAGGAUAGAGACGGUGAAGGUGAAGGAAAGACUUGAAAGGUGUUGUAAGUCUCAACAUGGUUGGAAUUAUGUUCCAGUUUCUAUUAGUGAUCAUCAAAAAGACAAAAGAGACAGAGAAUUGAGAAGCUUAAUUGAGUUGAUUGGUUUAGUUUGUGGAACUAUUGGUUUUACCUCUUUUCUUGGAACUCUUUUCCUUUGCCUUGUUUCAUUGAUUGUUCAUUUGCAAGUAUGA